GAAUUCAGUUACAUCACAGAGUCCGUCGAAGGUGCACGUGGUUUUGGCGACCGGAUUGGCCGGAUGCUGUGGCUUCGAUGUGUCCUCUCUACACAGCAUCUGAGGUGGAUUUAGAAGUGAAGUGGAGCCCAUUUGUGGAUGCGCCGUGAAAUUUCCCCACAGCACAGGGACGCAAAGGGACAACUGUCAAGCGGGAAGUAAUCCCAAUCCAAAGGAGACGAGGAAAGAGAAUAUAUCCCGGCAAAGAUCGUAUCGACCAAAGUGACGAGGAUUAGGGUGGGAUUGUUAUUACUUUUUCGUUUUAUAUUUCCCAGCCACAGUCACCGUUCUGUGGUUUGGGACGAGGAGGUGUAAAAUUUCACCCCCGCUGCUGUGUGUGAGUGCCAAAUUCCACUUGAACGGUGUUUGGUUUUACGGUUGUGUAGUGUUACUUAAAGUUCUUGUACCGUGUGAUGUCUCGGUCUUGGAAGGUUCAAAAAGCGUUUUAAAGGCUGCCCCUGAGUUCAAAGUGAUUGAUGAGCUUUUGAUGCAUGGCAAUGAAAGCAGAAGUUCUAUGCACUAGUGCUUCUUUCUACUUCAUUCAAGACCUCGAAUCGUGCUUCUUACAGGGCGAGUAUUUUUUUCACGCCUCGAAGUCCACCAUCUGUGACAACAAAUUGCGGUAAUGGAUCAUUCGCAGUUCAAGUGAAAUAUGAUGUUUUGAUUUGGUGAGUUCACAAAGAGAAGCAGCAUCCGUGUACGGGGCUAUAAUUAUUUUUUAUUGGGAAAAAUUGUCGGAAAGUCAGCAUGGGGCCUGUUCGAAAAUUGGCAGCAAUAAAUUGUGGAAUCAAUGGUGAAUUUCGAUGAGCACUGAUAAUGAUGAUGAUUCAUGAAGCCCCCAUAAUUAUUAUUUUCCGCUUCCGAGGGCUUACGGCGGAAAUGACGAGUGUUUCGUGCCCUAUCUAGAUAGAAAAAAAUCAACAGAAAAAGUGCUACCAAGCAGGGAAUGUUUUUGUAAUGUGGAAAUGAAGGAAUUAUUGGAAUAAAAAAAAACCCGAAGCUCAGCGUGUCACUACCAUGAAGGAUUAAGAGCUCAGAUUGGAAGUGUUUGGGGAAAUCUGUAUGUGCAUUGAAUACGAUGGUGACGGCUUUGUUCGUUUCACUGAGAUUCAGAGCGUGACGAACAAGGAAAAAAUGGAGCAUAGGAUCAUAAGCGGUCUUUUCGGAUUAAUUAUUAUAGUAAUUAUUGUACGGCACAUUUCCGGUGAUGAUUUAGGACUCCUCUCCACCACUCUGCGAGCAUUCCGGCAGAUGAGUUGUGAAGAUGAGCUUAUUACAUUAUCCUGUCCCAUCGGAACCAGCAUCAGUGUCGAACUUGUGCAAUACGGCAGAAAAGCUGCAGAGGAUAAUUCUUCCUCACUGCAGUGCACCUACACAAAUGCGCUGGACGCUGUGAGCAGAAGUUCCCUGUACGAAUCAACUACGAUGAUGGCGGAUAUGCCGUUCGUCUUGGGAAAUUUAACAUUUUCUUUGAUGGAAAGCAAUGCCAUUAACGAAUCAUCGCUCCCCGAGAGAACGAAAAGCAAAUGUGUGCAGAAUUAUGUGUUGCAGUAUUCUAUCCUGCAAAUCGUGGUGGAAGCCUGCCAGAAAAAGCGCAAAUGCUCAUUUAGGGCUUCGCCAAAAUCCUUCGAGAGCACCCCCUGUCCCGGAAUCCAUAAGCUGGUGGAAGUGAGCCACAAAUGUAGACCAUAUGAGUUUCGCAGUUUGAUUGCUUGCGAGAAGGAUGUGAUACGAUUGGCUUGUGGCCGUUACACUCGAGUGGCCAUCUACAGUGCCAGCUAUGGCCGUACAGCCUAUGAAAGUGGCCACUGCUCCCAGCCUCCCGGAUCCAAGGAAGAGACUUGCCUAUCCUCCCACACAAGUCUUACGCUGACGGAAAUCUGCCACGGCCGGAGGAAAUGUACGGUAGCCAUCGAGGGAUCCACUUUCGGUCAGCCCUGUCCGGAGAACGUGAGGGUUUCGCUGAAAGUUGUUUACGCAUGUGUUUCGAGAAACGUGUUCCGAGACCGGUAUAUUACUCCACUGGAAAAUGAUGAAUUGGACCAGCAGUUCGAGCUGAACGAACUGUACGAUGAUGAAUUUACUCCCGCCCCAAAUCAGGUGGACGAAUCAUCUGCCAGCAACGGUGGCCAAAUGAGUCAUAAAUUCUCCGGUGAGCUCGAGGCAACCGUAAAAGCUGAAAACAUUCUCACGCAGAGCAAGGAUGGUACUCACUCGGUAGCAUCAAUUGAUAACCGGCUGCUGGUAAUUGUCGUCGUCGGCAUUUUCUUCGGCUGUUGCCUAUCGAUAGGAGCCAUAGUGGCGUACAAAAUGCGAUUACUAUCGGCAACCGAUAAUGCGUGCAUCAAACAUCACUCGAGUGAAUCGAGCGAACCACAAUCGACCAACAAUACGGCCAGCAAUGUCGGCCAGAGCGAGGACUUCGAUCUGGUGGAAUGCGUUGCAGAAACGAUUCCGGUUGCGGUCAAAAUGAAGCAAGCAAACUUUGAGCAUCCAUCAACGUCUGCCACGACGAUCCUGCCGACGUUCAAAGUUUUUAAUCACCCCGAUGCUGUACCGCAAAUCUCAACGACCAUGUUCAUCUUGCCCAACUAUAUCGUAAGCCAAGAAGGCAACACCGCCAAUUUACAGAGCAAUAGCAAGGGCAGCAACAACCCAGCGAUUCAACCCGGCCGCCCGAUGGACCAUCAGGAUAAUCGAAGCCUGGCCCUGACAGAUGUCAACACACCCGGACCAGAUUCCACGUUAUUCCCACGUGGGACCGCUCCUUGUGGCGGGUUCAAUUUCCUGAGCUGGCAACCGUCCCCGAUGGCCUCGACCCUCACGGUUUCGGGAAUCGGACCUCUAGCAAUGGACCAGCAAAUUCAGCACAAAAUGGCGACUCUCCGCCGCAAUCAAUCAUCCAAAAUGCCAGAAACCGCCAAUGAACACAAAAUCUGCCAGCACGAUUCUUUUUUAUGGCUGGGCUUGAAAAUCGGGGUGAUGUAAACUUGUAGGGUAAAGUUGUCAAGAUUGACUGCAACAUGUAAUCAGUUUUUAUCAGCAGUAGUUAUUUUGAAAAUGAAGAAAACACACAGCAAGACUCCCUCCACAAUCACGACGGCAUCACUUCUGAUGGCGCAAAUCGUGUGGAAGUAAUCAUCAGUUCCAUCAUUCUAUUUAGAAGACACUUGUAACAGCGUAUUAUGCUCCUUGGCAGCUUUACCCAUUUUGCGAAAAAAAAAGAAAGAAAGUUCAGGAGGGUGAGACACGAUGAGACAGCACGGCAGGCAAUCCACAUUAAAAGUUUUCCCCAUCUCCGCAAUGCCACCCGAGGACCCGAAGAAAGAAAGAAAGUUGAAAUUGUGUGCAAAAUUCACAUCUCCAAUUUAUAGAAGCGUUUGUGUAAGUAAGUGUAUGUGAACCGCACGUGUUAGUCAGCACGUGAUCAAAAAGCAUUGUGCACCACCAUCACCACCGAAGAGACAGAACAAAAAGCAACCAGCAUCAGCAGCAGCAUCAAAGAGAUAAAAGAUAAGAAAACAACCAAACUCAAAAAAAAACUACCAUGAAGAUUAAACGACAAAACUUAAAUAAAGACUAAAUAUCCCAGAAGAGUAAAUGUUAUUAAGCUGCUGCUAUGUGGUCUCUCUAUCAUAUAGAGAGCAUUUAGAAGCGUUCUUUCCAGUUUCAAAAGGAGCAUCCAUGAGUUACUUGGGGCUAUUGGAAAUGUCGAACAGAAUUAAUGAACUUUGAUGUGGUGACGAUCGAAAGCUACAUUUUUUUAACCUUUAUUGGAACUGUUUUAUGAUUUAUUGGCUGGACAUGUUUUGCAAAACAAAAACUGUUUAGAUAUUCCUCGAAAAAUAUUUAUCCUCAAGACUUACAAGACCCAAUGACUAUAAAGAUGCCGAUAAAAAAUUUAAGCAUAUAUCUAUUUUUUUUUGUGAUUUUGUGUUUAGGCUUCAAAAUUCUGUGACGGUUUUAUGUAAAGCUGUUCCUUUGAAUUUAACUGAAAAGUUUUGUCAAAAAUAACCAAUCUUGUCAUUUUUACCUUUUUUUUGGUAAAAAUUCAUUCGAAUCAUCAAUGUCAAAACAUUUUAAACAUUUGGGAAACUGAUCCAAUUUCAAUGAUAAAUAAAACUGAAUAAUAUUGAAAAUGGUUCGAAAUUCAAAAAAAUCUGUGAGUUUGUGAAAUUUUUUUAAAAUUGAUUUAAAACUUGAAAUUUAUCCAGUUAGGUAAGCCAUAGAUUCUUGAUUCCCGAACUAUGAAGUUCUACGAACAGAUUUUAUGUUACAUAAAGGGAAAAUGAAAAAUAAAUUCAUUACAAUCCUUUUGAAAAAAAAAAUAGUUAAAGAGUUGGGAAGCUUUUAUUUUGAAUACUCAUACGCUAUGAAUGAGGCUGUAAUGUUGACAAGAGAGCCAAAAGUCAUUAAGCAAAUAUACAUUGUAACUCAUGGAUGAUUCCCCAAAAAAAUUAUUUAUCACAGUUCAAAUCAAUUGCUCAAUUGAGAUGUUGCUUUUAAUUUGAGGUUUGGCGAAACUGUAAUACUUUUUUUUCAGUAACAGUCGGCAUACGUUCCAUUAUGAACUGAUCAAAAUGCACCAUAUGAGCGAAAAAAAACACAACUGUCAAUAAAAUACGGCAAACGAUUGUAAAUAGACAAGCAAGCAAAAAAAAAUCAGAGGAAAGGGAAAUCAAAUAUAAAUCAGACACAGUCCAUCACAGAAUCGAACGGAGAAAAAAAACAUAAAUAUACACCGAAGCAUGUAACAACGUUCAAACGGUUCAAUAAAUAAUUUUUUUAAUUAACA